AUGACAGAUAUUUUAGAUAUUAAAUACUAGGAAUUGAUUGAAUGGCUUAAAAGCAGAAAUUAGAUUCCUAAAGAAUGGACAAAGCAAUUAAAGGCUGUAUAACUUAAAAUGAAAGAGUUACUUGAUAAAGUAGAUUAAAUAUAAGAUAAAAAUAUUGUAUCAUAUAUCAAAGAAAAUAAAGAAGAAUUCAGCUAUUAUCACCUAGAAAAAGUUAUUGCUAUGCUUUUGCAAACACCUGAAGCUCAAUAAAAGAGCUUCUUUGGAGGCUAUACCAAUUAGUUAAUUAAGGAUUGGAUUGCCAUAGAAAAAUUCUACAAAAAAGAAAAUAUUCACUUAAUUAGUUUAGCUAAAUUACUAAUUCAAAAUGUUUAAUAUGAAAUUCCAGGAUUUACUAAAAAUGUCAGUAUGCUUGAGAACUAAAUCAAAUUUUCUACUUAAAAGAAGCAGGAUUUUGAAAAUACUAUAAAAAAAUAAUAAGCUGAGUAUGAAAGUUAAUGUGCAAAGUUAGGAGUAGAAGGUAAAAACUUAGAAGAAGAAAUAGCAGCUCUAGCUUCUAAAUUACCUGAACACUUUUAAAAAAUUGAAGAUGCAGCAAAAACAGAAUUAAUUUAGAAAGGUCUAACUUACUAUUAUGAUUUCACUAUGUAUGUUAAUAGCAAAUCUACCAAAGAUAGCAUUAAGCUUUCUUUACUCGAUGAGCUUAUUUUCCAUGGUGAUGAACCUAUUUCAGUUUAUGAAAAAAGAAAAGGUGGAUAAGAAAUUACUGCAGAAGAUGAAAACCUCAUUAAAAUUAAAUAUGACUGGUAUCAGAAAUUCUAACAAAAUAAGAAAGAAGAAGAUUAAAUAGAUUGGAACAUAGAUAUUACUGAUGUUGCUAACACUUAAGAAUAAGCUGCUGGAAUUUGCUGGGAUAUUGAAGAUAAUACCAAUAAAGAAAGUGAAGGAAUCAAUUGGGAUUUUGGUGCAACUGCCCCAAGUUAACCAGCUGAAAACCAAACAGCAGAAGUUGUUGAAAUUAAUUGGGAUAUCAGUGAUGCAAACGCUGUCUAGUAAUCUGCUAAUGUAGAUUUAAAUAUAGAGGAUUUAACUUCUAAGAAUUUCUAAGAAGUUGAAACAAUCCUUUCAAAUAGAAAUUAUAGAAAUUUAAUUAUUAGUAACAUCAGUGAAUUGAUAUAAUUCUUGAAUCAAAGAUACUUGGAAUCUAAACAAUAUUCAGCUAAUAGCAUACUACAGACUUAUGAAUCUACAUAAGAAGGUUUAUUAGAUAUAAAACCAGAAGAAAUUAAAUAGAUUAAAGAUUCGUUUGAAGGGUUGUUAAAUCUUAUAACAAACUUUCAGUUCCGUUAGCUUCUUUUAUUUAAAGAAUAACAAAAGUCAUGUGAUAGAAUCAUUGCUUAACUCAAUUCUUAUAAAGAAAACAUAAAAAGAUAUGAAUAAAACAUUAAAAAUAUGAUUAAAAAAGAAUUGGAAAAUGUUGAUUAAGUUAAGGAAUAUAGCUCCAAUAAGUAAAAGAAAGUUAUUUAAGCAUUAGAAUUAAAGGAUGUAGUUGAGAAAAAAUUAACUGAAGCAAUAAAGAGAAAGUGCGUUUUAGUUGGAGAUAUUACAAAGUUAAAAAAAUGA